AUGAGCAUGGCUCUCUUGCGGGCAUUGAACUUCACGCGGCGGUGCGUUUCGACAAACAUUGACAGCCGUAUUCCUGCUCGUCAUAUUCAUGGCAGGAUCGAGGAAGCCGCGUACUUCGGUUCAGUGAGAGCGAUGACCAAGAGGGAUAUCCGUGAGGUCCAGCAGCUCUACUUGGAAGCUGCCAAGAGGUCGAGAAGUGCGGGCUUCGACAUAGUGAACAUACAUGGCGCCGAAAUCGGCGCCGUUCCAGUGCAGUUCCUCAUGAACGUGCACAACUCCCGCACCGACGAGUACGGCGGUUCGCUCUCCAAUCGGGCCCGCUUCUGGAUGGAGACGCUCGAGAUUGUGAAGGAGGAGGUCGGCGACGAGUUGGCUGUGGCCGCUCGGUUCUGCGUCGAUUCGCUCCAUGGCACAGACGCAGGAAUACGGGUUGCGGAAGAGGGCGUUGGCUUCAUCGAGCUCGCCAACCAUCUCGUUGACUUCUGGGACCUUCAAGUCGGCGGCGAGAACGUUGAGCUGUGGAUCAAGGAUGCUGGACCAGCUCGGUUCUACAAGGAGAACUUCCAAGCCGAAUGGGUCCGCCAGGUUCGCCCUCACACCGACAAGCCGAUCGUGGGCGUGGGUCGCUUCACCAGUCCAGACACCAUGUUGGAGGCGGUCACAAGUGGCCAACUCGACAUCAUCGGGGCGGCCAGACCCUCCAUCUCGGACCCAUUCCUCCCCAAGAAGAUCGAAGAGGGCCGAUUCGAGGACAUACGAGAAUGCAUCGGCUGCAACGCCUGCGUGUCGCGUGUCAAUCUCCGAUGGACCCUACUGUGCACGCAGAACGCCACGGCCGGCGAAGAGUACAAGCGCGGCUGGCAUCCAGAGAACUACUCGCCAGCAUCGAACCGCGAGGCCAGCGUGCUGAUCGUCGGAGCCGGAAGCGCGGGCCUCGAAUGUGCGCUGGUCCUAGGCAAGCGUGGCUUCAAGAAUGUGCACGUCGUGGAGGCAGAGCCCGAGAUCGGCGGCCACUUGCGCUGGGUUUCUACCAUCCCCGGAAUGUCAACCUGGCGGCGUGUGAUCGACUGGCGACAAGGUCAGAUCGACAAGCUCCCACAAGUUGCGGUGAUCACCAACUCUCAGUUGAGCGCCUCUGACAUCCUCGACUACGGCGCCGACAUCGUCGUGAUUGCCAACGGGUCCGUCUGGGACCGGUCCGGCCUGAACGGCUUCUCCCACGCAGCGGUGACGGGCUGGGAGUCGGCCCCGGUGUACACCCCUGAGGACAUCCUGGCCGACGAGAGGUCCAUCGACCACGAGAGAGUGGUGGUCUUCGACAUCGAGGGCUACUUCAUGGGCGUGAGCAUCGCCGAGGUCCUCGCCCGCCGCGGCCACCGUGUCUCGCUGGUGACGCCCCACAUGGAGCCGGGGCCCUAUAUGCGCAUGACCGGCGAGAGUGUGCACAUGAGGCCGCUCCUCGAAGAACUGGGAGUGGAGCUCCUGAUGGAGCAAAUGGUCACCGAAGCCGCCCCGGACGAAGUGAUCAUCGAGCACGGCUUCAACCACACCGUGCGAGCUAUCGGAGCCGCGGCCACGGUCAUGACGACCCAGCGGAUUCCCAGCACAGCCCUCUGGGACAGCGUGGAGCAGGCCGUGGCGUCGGCUCCUGAGGAAUCCCGCCCGCAACUGUUCCGCAUCGGCGAUUGCGUCUCGCCUCGCAUGCUGGUGGCCGAUGCCAUCUUCGACGGUCACCGAUUGGCACGCGAGAUCGACAGCGAGGAUCCCGCGGUCCCGCUCCCGUACAUACGGGAACGCCGGGUGGCGCGGGAUCGUCACGACAUGGGCCACAUCCUCGAGCCGGCGCCCCGCUGA